AGACGACUACAGUACCCAGCCCUCCCAGACGCUCCAGACAACAAAUAAAAUAAUUCGGAAUAAUUAAUCUAACAAUUGAGAAUAACCUAUAUGCUAAGAAUAACAAUUGGGUUAGAUCGAGUAAAGGGUCGAGUUUGGUCAGUUUGUAUGUUAAAGGCUCAGAUUGAUAAUAGUAUUAGGCUUGUGGGUUUGUUUCUGAAGCUGUGAUCGCUUACUUGUCUCGCGAAUCGCUGAAGCAAUUUCCCGGUCUUUUUUAAAUCAUCAUGGAAGAACAUAAACGGAAGAAUGUUUUUUGUGAUAUUUCUGACAAUGUAGCCUCUAAUAAUAAUUUACGUGGGCUUCAUUCAGAUUAUAUUCCACCAUUAAAGAAGCUUCUUGAACCAAGAGUUGGGAAUGAUCGUACAUCGCGGUUUUUGGCUGUUUCAGAUUCUGAUGGACCUACCCCAAAUGAUGAGAAUAGCCCAUCAAGCCCACAACCUGCAACAUCCUCCUCAAAAACACACGAAACGGGGCUGUCGGUCAGGAAUCAAACUUCACCUCUUUGGUCCUAUCGGAAGCGUUCUGCAUCCACCAAGAAGAAGUCUGAACCAACGGAUGCUUUGGCGGCUAAAUUAAAAAAUCUGCUGUUAUCAGACGGCAGAAGCAAGGGAAUGAAAUCAUCUCACCUAGCAGCAAAGCUGGGCGUGCCACAAAGUGAAGUGACCAAGUGUCUGCAUGGCUUGAGUAGAAGCGGAGUGGUGAAAAGGUUGUGGAAGGUUGAUGGAGCGAAGGGAGGAGGCCGCCUGAUAAAAUAUAAAGGGACAUUUCAAGAUUGUUCCAUCAAAUUGAAGGAAGACUCCAGGUUCUUCCGAGAUUUUGACCUGGUGUCUGUGCUAGGAGCAGGAGGCUUUGGGUGUGUUGUCAAAGCCAAACACAAGCUGGAUGGCAACAUCUAUGCAGUGAAGAUUUUGGAGUAUACAAGAAAGGCCAGCAGGGAGAUAAAAGCACUGGCCACGUUCAGGCAUCCGAACAUCGUUAGUUACUUCACGUCUUGGGAUGAAGAGGCUUUUUGGAUUAAUGAAUUUGACGAUGAUGACAGUACAACGAGUUCCCAAUACCGAACUGGUUCAGACCAAAAAGACUCCUGCAGCUCAGCGAAUGGAGCUGAAAAAAGUGGAAGAGACUUGUCUUGCCUGUUCAUUAAAAUGGAGUUCUGUGAAAAGGGAACCCUCAAUGACUGGAUCAAAAAAAGGAAUGAAGGAACAAAAAAUAAAUUAAAAACAGCUGAGGCACUCCACAUGUUUCGCCAAAUAGUCAGUGGAGUAGAAUACAUCCACUCUAAAGGACACAUUCACCGAGAUCUGAAGCCUGAAAAUAUGUUUAUUGGAGAAGAUGAGACUUUGAAGAUUGGAGAUUUUGGGCACGUUACCAUCGCCAGCUCUAGUCCUGUCCGUCGCACUUCAGAAACAGGAACACUGAUUUACAUGAGCCCUGAGCAGAAGACAGAGACGGUUUAUGACAAGAAAACUGACAUUUACGCCCUUGGACUGAUUUGUUUUGAGAUUUUGUGGAAAAUGCCAACUGUUUCAGAGAAAUUGAAGCUGUUUGAAGAUCUACAUAGACAAGUCUUUCCUGGAGACUUCAAAAACAAGUACAGCCCAGAGCAUCGUAUCAUCAGGAAAAUGCUCUUCAAGAACCCUGCAGAACGACCAGAUGUUGAAGAGAUUGCGAAGGAACUUGAAGUUUUCAUGCCAAAAAACCCAACUGCAUUACAACAGCAGUCUCAGUAAAGCACUGCUAGAUGCUCUCUGCUUUUUAAAUAUAUGUUAAAAACGCAUAUUUUCUAUGCUACAACUUGUGAUGUUCUCGGUUGUUAGUUAUGUCUUUUGGGUAUCUAUGUUUUACUGGGUUUUACUCGGUUUUGGUAGCCUGGGUGCCAGCCAAACUUAGCCCCGCCCACAAAACGUUUUACAUUUAGUUAUUUAGCAGACACUCUUAUCCAGAGCGACUUACAGUAAGU